CUAUUCUUUUUAAAAAUGCUGAUUUCCAAAAAUAUUUUGAAUUUUUUCCCUUAUAAAAUAAAAUUUAGGAGCCUUUAUAAAUUAGCUGAAGUUGGUAUUCUUGAGCAAAUAAGACAGCAUGGAAAUUAUGAAAUAGGACAGUUAUUCCUGCACCGUACUUUUGGAUACCGAGGCCUCAUCAUAUUUCCUUGGCAAGCCAAAGUUUUUGAUAGAGAUUCGGCUGCUUUCAAACCUCAAAGUUAUGACAUCACUAACGAUAAACCUCCACCAAUUAAAAGGAACUUAGCCAGCGCGCAUUCUUCCGUUAAGAAAGGCGAACUUCUACCUGUUUCUACUACUGUAUCAACUGUAUCUCACAAUGUUUACCAAGAAAAUCCUAAAAAUAAAAGCAAUACUAUUCACGACGAGUGUGACGGAUUAGCGCAGAAUACUUAUAUAGACUACGUUAAAACGGUCAAAGGUUACUCACAAACGUAUUACCAGGUCCUCAUAGAUUCCAGGGACUGGCCUUUUAUAGGUCAACAAUCAGAAUCUGUUACCUUUUUAGGUGGACAACAAAAUAGUAGGGCAUCCCUCUAUGCUGUUCCAGGUUUGGAUUACGUUAGUCACGAUGACAUUUUACCUUACACAACAACUGAAGAAUUUCCAUUUUACCACGAACUGUUUAACCGGUUUAUAAAUUACAACCCCGAUAAAAAUCCGAGAUUUAAGCCUAAAGAAACCUUAAAGAUUUGGCAGGAAAAAAAUUAUUCGUGGUUGGAAUUGACAGAGGUUCACAAGGAGAUUACGGAAGGAAUCAGGGUUACUGUAUUGCCAUUCUUCAUGGGACGUAGAGAAUCAAACAACAUGUCUGUAUAUUGGUGGAGAUAUUGCAUAAGACUUGAAAAUUUAUUAGCCCAAAAAUGGGCUGUCCAACUACUAGAAAGACAUUGGCGAAUAUUCAGUUUUUCCGGAACGCUCGAAACAGUUAGAGGGAGAGGCGUUGUAGGACAAGAGCCGACUCUUUAUAAAGAUUUGCCUGCUUUUCAAUACAGUAGCCACAUUUCCUUGCAAUGCCCUAGUGGACAUAUGUGGGGAACUUUUCGAAUGGAAAGACAAGAUGGCUAUUCCUUUGAUUGCAAAAUUCCACCAUUCGCACUUGAUAGCGGAAAGAACUAUGAUAACUAAAUUGAAUAUCUUAAUUCGACAUUAACUUCCUUUUCUUUUUAUAUUACCUAUUCAGUAAUAAUAUAUGUUUAUAUUAAGUGUUACUCAAAUUAAGAAUAUUUAUAGUACUGUGAAGUAUAAAUUCUGUUAAUAUAAUAUAUAUCUAAUAUUUUUGUUUGAUAUGAACAUAUCUUUUAUAUUAUGGGCCUAUUUAGGUUUUAAAUAUGUUAUGUUUAAAAAUCGUCAAAUUGUCAAAAUUUUAUUAAAUUUAAACAUAAAAUUUCAUAUAGUAAGAAUGAUUAAGGUCUUAAAAUAUGUCUCCCAUAGAGGUUUGCAUGCCCUACAUAUUAAGGGUACAAUCAAUCAAUUAUAAUUAUCGUUAUUAACAGCGUCUACAUGACAGGAUUUUCAUUGGAUGCAAACCCCCUUCAAAAGCCUAUGCCUAUCCCUCUAAAAAAUUUUCGCCAUCUUCGGCGGCGAUGUUUCCCUAUUUUUAAUUUCGCCUUUUUAAUUAUAAUGAUACUCUAUCAGAAAAUUUAAAAAGAAUACUUAAUUAUUUUAU